AUGGCCACCACAGAAGAAGGACAGUUCAAAAGAGGCGACACCAGCCUGUACACUAAGACGUGGACUCCCGCUGGCCCCGUCACCGCCAAACUCGUAUUUGUCCAUGGCUUCAGCGAGCAUAUCAACCGCUACAAUGACUUCUUCCCCAAGCUUAACCUGGCUGGAAUACAGGUGUUUGGGUUCGACCAGCGCGGCUGGGGCAAGUCCACCGCGAGCAAGGCGGAACGAGGCUUGACCGGUCCAACCUCCCAAGUCAUCUCGGAUGUCGCGGCUUUUAUCGAGGACAAGCUUCCGUCAAAUGUGCCCGUAUUUGUGAUGGGUCACUCCAUGGGAGGAGGUGAGGUGCUUACACUCGCUGCAGACCCGAGCUACGCGAAGCUGGUGAAGCAGAUUCGCGGCUGGCUGCUCGAUGCGCCCUUCAUCGGCUUCUCGGCCGACGAGGAGCCCAGCAGCAUCAAGAUUUUCAUGGGUCGUCUUGUCGGCAAGCUGCUUCCCAAGCAGCAACUCAAACAUGAGAUUCCGGCCGAGUACUUGAGCCGUGACCCGGCCGUGGUCGACGACUACCGCAACGAUGCUCUGUGUCACAAUACCGGCACGCUCGAGGGGCUGGCCUCGCUCCUGGACCGAACGGGCGCUCUUUCCUCCGGGUCAAUCAGACUCGACGAUGAUCUGAGCCUCUUUCUCGCCCACGGAACGGCCGACAAGACGUGCAGCUACGACGCGUCCGAGAAGUUCUUCCAGGAGCAGGCGAUCAAUGACAAGACGUUCAAGUCAUACGAAGGCGCCUAUCACCAGAUCCACGCAGAUCUGUGCAAGGAUGACUUUGCCAAGGACAUUAUCGAUUGGAUGCACGCUCGCAGCGGGAACCGGGAGAGCGUGCCCGCCGAGUCGAAGCUCUGA